AACACUGUAUUAAUUACACACACCCAUACAUACAUACACACACAGUCAGAUUUCAUUUCAGACCCCUCUCUCUCUCGUAUUCGUGUAAUAGUCCUUUUCUGCGAAAGAUAAAUCUUUGCUGCCAAUUCAUGUCUGAAAAGGGACAACCAUUGCCGAAGUUCGGCGAGUGGGAUGUGAAUGAUCCUGCAUCAGCCGAGGGAUUUACUGUAAUCUUUAAUAAGGCCAGGGAUGAGAAAAAGACUGGUGGCAAACCUGAGUCACCAGCAAAGGCAGAUUCUAAUCUUAAUCAUGGAGUGGAACCUGUCAAGCCUCCUGCUAAAAAAUGGUUUUGUUGCUUGCAACCGCAAGCAGAAUCUUGAUGAGGUCGUCUCUGUGCAAGAGCUUCAAUAGAAGAGCGUGUUCAUUGUUCGCCCCACCAUAUUUUCCUAAAGAUAGGAGCUGUAGAGUGAUGAUGGUCUUGAAUCCAUUUUUAAUGCUAUAAUACUGUGUUGGUGUGGGGAAAGAGUAAAGAUGAAAAAAAAAAAGAAAAAAAGACGAGACUUUAUUGUAUUGUGUAUCUAUAUGUGUACUGAUUUGGUGGCUUACACCAUAUGAAGCUUACUAUUUGUUUCCCUACCUUGUGGUAUGGUUUGU